AUUAAUUGAAGGCAAAUGUAAAACGUACAAAUGAUGACACCUGAUCAUCUGUACAACAUGCACCACUAUUAAAUGAAAAGUCUUCAUAAUUCUGGACAAUAACUGUUGAAAUGUUUAGUUUGCACACACAGAAAGUGACUUUCAAUGCACCGGUCUCAUAGCAGUUUAUAUUCCUCCGCCUAAUUGAUAAUUCACCUAACCUCAUCGCAUACACCCGCCCCUCCCCCGUGUGUUCCUCCGCCACAGCCGCGCUGGCAAUUAGUGCGCUCCAGAGCGUGACAGAACACAGACGCCAACCGAGACAAACGCUCAUGUGCCGUUUUACUGGCAAGAUCUGAUGAGUGCAUAGAGCAGAAAUGUGCUCGUUUAGAGAGAUGCUGUGGAUUUUACACUCAGUGGGACUUUAUGCCCAAAUCAGCGCGAAUUUGGCAGUGGACAAUCACGUAUCUGGAAACGCUCUUUUCACUGAGGUUCCUCGUGACAAGGUCUCUCAGGCUGGUGAUGAUGUGGAGAUGUCGUGCUCCUUCAGAGGAGCUACUUCCUCCUCCGUCUCUUUGGAGAUCCAGUGGUGGUACACCAGACACAGCAGAGACUGGGCGGAGCAACCUGCAUUGACAACCAAUCAGGUGAUUCCACAGGAAAACACACCAAUGGGGGCGAAUAAAAUAAGUGUGGUAAAAGUGGUUGGCAGCAACAUCUCACAUAAGCUCCGUCUAUCUAGCGUCAAACCAUCAGACGAGGGGACGUACGAGUGUCGAGUCAUUGACUUCAGUGAAAGUCGAGCCCAGCGGCACAGAGUUCAGGCCUAUCUGCAGGUGCAACAGAAGAUUCAUAUUAGUGAGCAACUCUCCAGCGACCAGCAGCAGAAAGAAGUAGAGAAGACGACAUCAGAGCAGAAAGCAGGUCCUGAAGACCAUCAGGAAGAAGCAGUGCAGAGGACACAGCAAGCAGCCCAUCGGUUUCAUAAAGGAGAUCAUCAUCAGCUCAACGAUGGGAACAAGACCAGAGCAGGAAAGAAACACCAAUCAGAGACACAGUGACUGUCCUACUGAAAACUGCACACUAUAAAGAGGAGAGGAGAUUACAUAUUUUACAAACCAUGUGUCCUGAUGGAGUUUGUCCAGAUUUUAGCUUUAGUUUGAAUGUUGUAAAUAACUUUUAAACUGAUAUUGUUGUGAUUUGAGCCUUUUCUAUCAUAAGGAACCAGCAAUGUGUAUAGAUUUAAAGGGAUAGUUCAAAUAAAAAUUAGAAUAAUGUCAUUUACUUAUCAUCAUGUAAUUUCAAACCUGUAUGGCUUUCUGACAAAGUGACUUAAACAAUUGAAUACCUUAUGAACGUACUCACUUUUUGAAGUCUGAAAAGCCAUUUCCAUUGCAAUCAUCUUAAAAACAUCUUAAAAGUCUAAAGCUCAUCAAAACCUUUUGUGUGUGUGUGUGUGUGUGUGUGUGUGUGUGUGUGUGUGUGUGUGUGUGUGUGUGUGUGUGUGUGUGUGUGUGUGUGUGUGUGUGUGUGUGUGUGUGUGUGUGUGUAGGAUGCCGAUAUAAAAGUUUAGGCUUGAUCUCUGACAAUCCUGUUUUUUUGUUUUUUUUUUUUUGUUUUAAACCAUCUGGUCACCGUAUAAGCAGAGGGGAAGAAUGAAUAAAACGAGAGGUGAUUAUUAAUGAUUGAGAAGGAACAAAGAGGGUUGAUUUAGCUGUGGGCAGAGAGUAAAAUGUUAAUUUAUUCAUUAGAAAAGAAGGACACACAGAGACUGAAUGUAAUGUAUUAUGUUUACCCUUACUGAUUUAAUCCCAUAUGCGUUUUAUUUGUUUAGCUUGUAUCAUGGCAAAAACAUUUUGCACAGAAGACUGUAUUGUGCGUGUGUGUUUUAUAAUAGCGCUUUGUUUCUAAAUGAGCUUUUCAAUUAAUGUUCAACAGAUGUAGCUGUAGUUUUCUAAUGUUGAAGUGAUUUUAUGAUGCAUCCUCUGUAUAUCUGCUUAGUUCUGCUUUAAUGUUCCGUUUGGAAGCGGAUGUUUCAGUUAGGCCUAUGUAACUUUCUGGAAUUUCUAAAAACAUUAUCACUUGUUUCAUAUAAGUCAUAUAACCUAUUAAAAGGAAUUACGAAA